UGGGUCGGGCCGGCGGCUUCUCGGGCUCGGCGAGCUGCUGCGUGAGCGGUUGUGCCGCACGGGGGGAAGGCAGAAAAGAGCAAAGCCGGAGGAGAGCAGGGCGCCUUGCCCGGGAGCCGGCCGAUUCCUCACGUCUGGCCUGGGGUCGUUUUCACACGCUCGCGUACAUUCCCCAGUCGCACUAGUAGCAGUAAUGCUUUGCUGUGUCUCUUGAGUUACUUAAUUUGUUGCGGGUAGAGAGAGUAACAUUACUGCCUGCCUGCAAUCGGUGGGGCGUUUGUGACCCAGUACAGUCACGUCACGAUUUCAGCCCGAAUAUUAUUUUAUAGAUGUCUUAAGUACAUUACCAAACUCAUCAAGACUGGUUUUCAUCUACUUGUAUGUGUCAGUGUCUUGGAUUAUAAAUUAUGAAAAAACAUAAAACUGUAUUCAUCGUAUGAAAAAGAGCAUUCAGUUUUAGGGCAAAACUGUGAAGAGUAUUUUGACCCAUGCUGGCUUUUAAAAAGUUCAAUAUCACAGAAAAAGGUGCACACCUUCAUUGCGUGUAGAUUAUAAAGGUGGAGAAAGUGAAACAUCAGCAAAAUUGGGUUGCUCUUUAGAAAGUUUCAAGAUUGUCACAGUAGGUUUUCUUAGGGAAAGCUUGUUUUGAUUACUGUUAUUUAGCCCCUGUAACAGUGGACGGGAGGUAUUGUGCUGGCCUCCAAUUGUGGUUAACUUUUUUUCUUUAUAUUGGCUUUACAAUCUGAAAUAAAAUAAUUUCAUGAUGUUUUCAUUUCCACCCCAAUACAGAUUGUGGGGUGACCAUGGACAAGAAGCCUUAGAAUCUGCCCAUGUUUGUGUGAUCAAUGCAACAGCAACAGGAACUGAAAUACUCAAAAACUUAGUGCUACCAGGUAUUGGCUCAUUUACAAUUGUCGAUGGGAAUCGGGUCUCUGGAGAAGAUGUUGGAAAUAAUUUCUUUCUGCAAAAAAGUCAUAUUGGCCAGAAUCGUGCCCAGAGUGCCACUGAGCUCUUGCAAGAAUUGAAUAGUGAUGUUUCUGGAAACUUCGUUGAAGAGAGCCCAGAAAAACUUCUAGACAAUGACCCUUCCUUUUUCAGUCGGUUUAACUUGGUGGUUGCAACACAACUACCAGAAAGUACGUUGCUGCGUUUGGCUGAACUUCUCUGGAAUUCUAACAUUCCUCUCCUGGUCUGCAGGACAUAUGGACUGGUUGGUUAUAUGAGAGUCAUUAUCAAAGAACAUACAGUUGUUGAAUCCCAUCCUGAUAAUACGUUAGAAGAUCUGAGAUUGGACAAACCGUUUCCAGAACUGAGGGAACACAUUCAGUCCUAUGACUUGGAUCAUAUGGACAAAAAGGACCAUAGCCACACUCCAUGGAUUGUGAUUGUAGCCAAGUAUCUAACAAAAUGGUUCAGCGAGAAAAGUGAUCAGUUGCCCAAGAGUUACAAAGAAAAAGAAGCCUUCAGACAACUGAUUCGGCAAGGUAUUUUAAAGAAUGAAAAUGGGACCCUGGAAGAUGAGGAGAACUUUGAAGAAGCUAUAAAAAAUGUGAACACAGCUUUAAAUACCACAGAGAUUCCAAAAUGCAUUGAAGAGAUUUUCAAUGAUGAUCGCUGCAUAAAUCUCACAGAGCAGUCACCCUCCUUCUGGGUUUUGGCUCGAGCUGUAAAGGAAUUUGUGGCAGCUGAGGGGCAAGGAAGCUUGCCUGUCCGAGGCACUAUUCCUGAUAUGAUAGCAGACUCCAGUAAAUUUAUCAAAUUGCAAAAUGUAUACCGUGAAAAAGCAAAGAAGGAUAUUGCUGCUGUGGGUAACCAUGCUGCUAAAUUGUUGCAGUCCCUAGGCAAGGCACCCGAAUCUAUUUCAGAGAGAGAAUUAAAAUUGCUUUGCAGCAACUCAGCUUUUCUCCGAGUGGUUCGAUGUAGAUCUCUGUCUGAAGAAUAUGGUUUAAACACUUUUAACAAGGAUGAAAUCAUUUCCCAGAUGGAUAACCCAGACAGUGAAGUAGUGCUGUACUUGAUGCUACGGACUGUAGAUAGAUUUUACAAGCAGCAUGGUAGAUAUCCAGGUGUCUACAACUAUCAGGUAGAAGAUGAUAUCGGAAAACUGAAAUCAUGUCUUACUGGUUUCUUACAAGAACAUGGGUUGUCUGUAGUGGUGAAAGAUGACUAUGUUCAUGAGUUUUGUCGCUAUGGAGCUGCUGAGCCACAUGCUAUUGCUGCCUUCAUGGGAGGAGCUGCUGCACAGGAAGUUAUCAAAGUCAUUACAGGGCAGUUUGUAAUUUUUAAUAACACCUACAUAUACAGUGGGAUGUCACAGACUUCAGCGACUUUCCAGCUGUAGAUAAAGAUCUUGCUAUUGUUGCCACCAGGUGCUGCUGCUUCGUCCUGUAAAUAGUGUGGUGUUCUGCCACUGACUGGACUGUUCUCUAUUACUUGCCAAUUAAAGUUAUUUUAUUUGUAACGAUUUUAUCUUUUUUUUUUUUUUUCCCCCUGAGGACAAAUAAAAUCAUACCAAAAUUGA